AUGGCCAAACACUUCUCCGUGGACUGGCUGGCGCAGAGCCAUUACAAGACCACGCUGGCGGAGGACCAGGGCGCAGCGGACGGCGCGUCGGUCCAGAGACCUCACGUCCCCUGCAUGGUGCAACCUCGCGCACCCACGUCUUAUUACAAGAGAUACCUGCAGCCAAAGCCGAAGGCACCCGGUUCCCCUGAAGGCGCCCGCCCGGCCGAGAACGGGGGCCAUCCGGAAGACGGCGUGAGCUCACCUGCGCAUCCAGCCCACUGCUCCUCACCAGUGUCAGAAAUCAGCGGGUAUUCAUCUGGCUACGAAAGUGAGGCCGCCUCCUCGGAGUGCCUGUCUCUGGACGAGGGGUGUGAAGGGGAGAAGGACGGGGCCCACCAGCGCCGCGUGCGCACCAAGUUCACCCCGGAGCAGAUCCACAAACUGGAGCGGAUUUUCACCAAGCACAAAUACCUGGACGCCGGGGAGAGGGCCAAGACGGCGCAGAGGCUCAACCUCUCCGAAACCCAGGUGAGAACUUGGUUUCAGAACAGGAGGAUGAAGCUCAAACGGGAGAUGCAGGACCUGCGUGCCGAGUACCUCUCCCCGGCCAUCAGCCCGGUGCUGGUCCACCACGUGCCCGCCGUCCAGUACCACGGCUACGGGAGACAGCGCCUCCACUUCUCCCCGGCCGCUGCCCUGCAACCCUUCCACCCGGCCAUGGUCCCGCAGGUCGCCGUGCAGCAGCAGCAGCAGCAGCAGCAGCCCGCGGUUUCUCACCAGCCCAUGCAUCCCAUGAUGCCCUACCCGCAUUACUACUGA